AUGAGCAGAGACCUGCUGUCUCUCCCUUCAAGAGGAGGCGCACAUCCUGUAGAGGGAUUGGAGUGGCAGAUGUCACAGAGAUGUGAGUGUGAGCGAGUUCUUGAGAGAGUGAAGAGCGGCAGGUCCGGGGUUGGUGAGGGGUUCAGCCGCUACAAGCGCGCUUUGGCGAGGCGUGCAGACAGAGAACUUUCCAGUCAAACAGGUGAACCGUGCGCAGCUGCUGUCGUCUGGGAGUCCCGGCGACAGCCCCGCUCCCUCUCCUCCUCAUCCUCCUCAUCCUCCCCGUCCCAACACCGCCCUCCAGCGGUGCGCGUCCGGGUCAGCCGCACGCACAGCUCCAUAGGCGCUCCAGUGUGCACCGGGCACUGUGGGGGUGACAGCGGAUCUCAACGAGAACGUGACAGGACACCGAACGGUAACUCAGACAAAUCAAAGUACGAGCGCUUUGUCUCAGACCAGAGUGCUCCGUCCUCUCGCUUCACACGCAGCCUUCAGCACGAAGAGGAGCUGAACUCCAGCUGGGGCAGAGCGCAUCCCCGGAGCACCACGGUCUCUGCUCCACUCUACAGUGUGAAAGGAGACGUACAACCCUCUCAUGACGCGGGCGAUGAAGAACUCUUCUCCGGAGAAGUUGAGGAAGAGGAGCUGGGUGCAUCCGUGCGGCCCGCUCUUCACAACAGCGGCAGGGGGAGCUCCUCCUGGGCCAGUCUGGUUCCCCGUGCGCCUCCGUCCUGGAUGACUGCCUUGUAUUUCCGCGGAGGCAAAGAGCAACUGAGACUCAGGCCGGAGGCUGAGCUGGAGCUUCCCAGGGCUCAGUUCAGUUUGGAGCUGUGGGUGAAGCCUGAAGGAGGUCAGAGCAACCCUGCGGUCAUUGCAGGCCUAUUUGACAACUGCUCCCAUUCUCUGAGUGAGAAGGGCUGGUCUGUGGGCAUCCAGACGCUGGAGCCAGGCAGCACCAAAGAUGCCCGUUUCUACUUCAGCCUGUGCACGGACAGAGCGGUCAAAUCCACCACGGUCUACAGCCACCAGCGCUACCAUGGCAACGCCUGGACACAUCUCAUGGCUUCAUACAAUGGCCACAACAUGACCCUGUAUGUGGACGGAGCUAAGGUGGGGGAGAGCAGUUUCCAAUCAGGUAAUCUCUACAGCUCAUUCAUGAAGACCUGCAGAACCUUUUUUAUUGGCAGCAACCAAUCAGACAAGAGUCAUAGCUUCAGGGGACAUGUAGGAGGCCUGAUCCUGUGGGACUACGCCAGGACUCAAGAAGACCUAAUGCAUCGACCACAGGACAUUGAUAAAAGUGACCCUCUACUGGCCAUGUGGGCUGACUUCACCAAUGUUGAGCAACUGUGGAUUCCAUACAAAUUUGGUUUCCAUCCAAGCAUUGUCACCACUCCGAUUCCAGAGCAAGAGCUUGUGUCCCCGUUUGACCCCCCUCCAUGUGGACUUACACCUUGCGACAACACAGACAUUAUCUCUGGAUACAACGAUAACUGGCGACUCCGUAGCUCCAAACACAUUCGGUAUAGAAUUGUUAACCUCGCCGAUGAUGACGGUGGAAAUCCAACUGUGUCAAAGUCCCAGAUUGAGCUGCAGCAUAAAGCGGUCGUUGAAGCCUUUGAACCGUAUAACAUCACUUUGGAGCUCGAUGUACAUACAGUCCGUAACUCCAGUCUUCGGGAAAAGUUCAUUCUGAGCAACUGUCGGAUUGAGAAGAUUGGAAAUCGGCAGUGUGAUCCUGAAUGUGACCAUCCCAGAACAGGCCAUGAUGGUGGGGACUGUCUGAGGCUGGGGCCGUGCUACAGCUGGAAAAGGCAAGACGACGUCUGUAACAUGGAGUGCAACAGCAUCUAUUACGACUACGAUGACGGAGACUGUUGUGAGCCAGGAGUGACAGAUGUGCUGAAGACUUGCUUUGACCCGGAGUCUUCAGACCGAGCGUAUAUGAGCAUUAAAGAGCUGAAGGAUGAACUUGGGCUUAGUGGCUCUGACGCUCUAAAUGUCUUUUUUGCCAACAACUCUGUGCGUGAAGAGCUGGCUGGAGCAGCGACCUGGCCAUGGGCGAAGGAAGCCCUCACCCACCAAGGUGGCAUGGUGUUGAAUCCAUCGUACUUUGGGACAAACGGGCACCACAACACCAUGAUCCAUGAGAUGGGGCACAUCUUUGGCCUUUAUCACGUUUUCAAAGGUGUCAGUGAGCGUGACUCAUGUGAUGAUCCAUGUCAGGAGACCACCCCUUCCAUGGAGACUGGAGACCUGUGCGCUGACACUGCCCCCACCCCAAAGUCCAAGGUCUGCCAUGAUCCAGGAGCUGUGAACGACACCUGUGGAGUCACCAACUAUCACGAUACUCCUUACAGCAAUUACAUGAGCUACACAGAUGACAACUGCACCAACCACUUCACACCAAACCAAGUAGCUCGGAUGCACUGUUACCUUGACCUGGUCUAUCAGAAGUGGCUCAUGACUCAGCAGCCUUCACCUGUCCCUCUGGCCCCCAUAAUUACAGCCCAGACUCCAAGAUCUGUGUCACUCUAUUGGUUAGCCCCUCUAAGUGGACCACUCUAUCGAAGCUCCACUUCUGUUUUUUCAGGAAUAGACUGUGGACUUUGCGAGAGCAAUGGUGUGUUUCAUCAGUAUGCGAUUGAAGCAACUUCUCCGAGAGUCUGUGACACUUCUGGAUACUGGACUCCGGAAGAAGCUGUUGGAGAGCAGAGGCCCUUCUCCAGCUCGUGGCGUUCGGGCCUAAUAACACGUUCCAUCGCUUCCGUGGAAACUCGACCCAAAUAUGUGGCAAUCCUCUGGUGGAAUUUCUCCUUUGAAAACAAGGGGGAUUACGAGUCUCGCUCUUUGGCUGUGGGAUCGUAA